GAAUUAACGAAUAUUCCACACCGGGAUUGAGUGAUAGACUCUUUCUUAUCCCCUGCAAUCUGUAUCUCUCUAUUUUCUUCUCGAUUGGGACUGCGCCACCGCUCCCCGCCGGCGAUCUCUUCUGCUCCUCCUACUCACAAUGUCAUGGUUCGCUCGAUCCAUUGCCAACACUCUCAAGCUCGAUGACGACGACGAAGAGAAUGACGACGUUUCUCCGGCCAAAUACGAUCACUCCACUGGAAAACCGGGAGCAGAAUCGGAGCAAAAUCAACAGCAAUCGGAUGAUCCGUCGUCCCCUACGUCGCCGUCACGUGGCGUCAGAGAGGAUCUCUCGGAGCUCACAAAAACCCUAAGCCGUCAAUUUUGGGGCGUGGCGUCGUUCCUAGCACCGCCGCCGCAGGAGCAAUCCGAGUCUGAGGAACCGCUUAAUGAAUUUGGAUCGGAGUUCGAACAUGAGUCGGAUCCGGAUCAGGGAGGAUCUGAUGCUGUGGGGCCGGCCGGGAUCCGGAACGACUUUGCGGAGCUCGGUGGGAGGUUCCGAAGUGGUAUAUCUAAGCUUUCCAAUAACAAGGCUGUGUCAGAGAUCACGAAGAUAGCGUCGAAUAUUCUGCAGCUGGGGUCGGAUGAGGAGGACGAUGACAGUUGGACGAAAGGCGCGGUUGGAGUUACUGAGGAGGUGGUGACAUAUGCAAGGGACAUUGCGAUGCAUCCCGAGACUUGGCUUGAUUUUCCUUUACCUGAGAAUGAAGACGAUGAAGACUUUGACAUGUCUGAUGCUCAACAAGAUCAUGCUCUGGCUGUUGAACAUCUUGCUCCAAGAUUGGCUGCUCUCAGGAUUGAACUAUGCCCAAGUCAUAUGAGUGAGACUCACUUUUGGAAAAUAUACUUCAUACUUGUUCAUCCUAAGCUGGAAAAAGAAGAUGCUGAACUUCUAUCAACACCCCAGAUAGUAAAAGCACGGGCCUCAUUAGGGCAGGAGUUACGUAAGCGAACACACUCAAGUCCACAAGAGUGCAAUGACAUUCCAAAUGUGGAGUGUUUAUCUGUGCCACCCAGUGAUGCUUCGGAAAACUUGGUCCAAGGGACAUCUGGUCUCGAAUCAACCUCCUCUGCCACCAUAGCAGCAGUCUCUGAUGCAGAGAAACACCCUGACACUAACAACAAAAUCCAAAUAGUUGACAAAUCAGUUAUUGAAGAAGUGCGUGGAAAUGAAACUCCACAAUCUGCUAAUGUCAAUAUUAAUAUAAAUGAGGAAGAUGAAGAUGACGACGCCGAUGAUUGGCUAAACGAAGAGAGCACAGAAACACAUAACAGCACCAAAACCGCCAUUCCCAUCGAGAAUGAGGAUGAUGUGUCGUUUAGUGAUCUUGAGGAUGAUGAUGAUGAUGAUGAUGUUACCACCAGUUACAAGAAAGCAAGCAGCAACAGUUCUGAUAAAGACUCACAAGAUUGGGUUCAACUAAAGAAGAGCUCUGCUGAUGCAUCUAAAGAUGUGAAUGUUGAGAAGGUAAAUGCCAAGAACUCUGAAAGCAAGGAAUCUAAUGACUGGCUUGAUAUUGAUGACAUUGAAGUGGCAUGAUGAUAGUGAUGUUGUGUGAGAUUCAUCAUUGAAAACUUAUAUUUCUGUUCAUGUUGUGAAUACCUGUUUGGAUUUCCUCUUUUCAGUCCACAUUCCUGGUUUCUUAAAGAAUGUUUGUACAUAAAAAAAAAAAAAAACCUACGAGGAAUAAGAAAUGUUUAUGUAACUGUUAAAUGAUAAAGACUUUAUGUAAUUGCUUAA